ACCUACCUCCAGGACGACGACGAUGAUAUUCUUUACAACCAUCACUACUUUCACGGGACAGGAUCUACUUCUUCAUCUCAACUACACAAAAAACGAUCGGAGCAACCCAGUUUUGUGAGAUGAGUGUGAAGACCACUCGGGAUCUCUGACUGCUUGUCAUGUUGUGCAUGUGGAAAAGAUCAUACCUCCCGGGGAACCACGAAGAGACGGGAGAACAAAGGGUUGUCCUCGUGUAGUUGGGUCUAAGCGGCCACUAAUACUAGAGCGAUUGCAUUCCUGUAGUUUUGCCCAAGUGUGUGUUGGUGGUCCAAAUUCGAAAGCCAUGUUGCCGUUUCUGACGCGAGGGCUUGCAACCGCGACCCUGCCCCUCUCCACCAUCUCUCAUUUACAACAGGAAGGUCGUAGUUCUUGGGAGGAGCAGCUUCAGAUUGUUGGCGACAGCACUUCUUCUUUUGGACUGCACGAUAGCAGCUUACAGUUGACAACACAGCAGCCAUUGCUUGCACGCGGAGGAGGUCGAGGAGAAGCAGAAGGAACAAUACUAAAACCAACCGCUUCCCCCUCAUCAUCCUUUCUCUCCGACUACACUAGCGGCAGCCAUGAUCCUCGUGAAGGCCCCUUCCUUCGCCCCUAAGGCCCCUGGUGUCAUGCCGAUGCCCGAGAUCAUGAUCAUGGAAAUAAAAUUCUCUCCGAACAAGCACGGCAAACCACUUUCUGCUCGCUGCAGGGCCAGUUUCCCUGCAAGCCGGAGGGAAACUACUGCAACAUCUCGUGUGAAACGUACGAGGCCUCCUUCGCUCCCAACACUACGCAUACCUGCGCGUGCCAGGAUUUAUCUGGGUCGGGACGAUUGCCCGACUUGUCAUGCAUAUUUUACAUGACCCGUGACGCCUGUAAUGCAUAGCCUAACAUCAUAGCCUUUUAGAGGGCUUCCUGAUGCUUAUUCCGCAUGAGAAAUGCCCUCUCCGCGUAACACGAGCUGGAGUCCUCUUGCUAGUCAUGCACUACACAUUUUUUUGGAAUCCAAAGACAGCAUCACAAGUUACCACCUUCCAGACCCAGACAUAUUUGCAAUGCAUAGACGCAUACCUGCGCGAAGUGCUUCGCCACCGGGCGUGCCAGGAUUUCCAGGAUGCGAAGUGCUUCGCCACCGGGUGUGUGCAUUGCAAAUAUGUCUGGGUCUGGAAAGCUGGAACUUGUAAUGCUGGCCUUACAUUCCUGUGAAAUCUGUAUUGCAUGACCAACAAAAGUCGCAGCCAUUUUUGUCGCGCAAGAACGCACUUUCUCAUGCGGGCUGCCUCUGAGAAAGAGUCCUGGAAAGUUGUCUGGCUGGGCUGCAUUCGGAAGUUUUUCCAUGAUCCACAUUUUAGCAUCACAAGUUUCAAGACCCAGACAUAUUUGCAUUUGAUAGGGUGCGUCGAAUGUCCCGAGGCGUGCCUGGAAAAAUUUCACCUGCAGGACAAGCGGACCAUCCUCGGAACGAAGCUUUUCUGUUGCGCGGAAGCGCUGAGCCGAAAGCAGUGCGACCCUUGCUGCAGUCACGAACACGGGGAGGCGGACUGGAGGGCCAAUCGCUCCCUGCCGGAUGAAUGUCUGGGUCUGGAAGAUUGCAACUUGUGUUGCUGCAUUCGCAUGUCUAAAAAAUUUGUGUUGCAUGCGCAGCAAAAGGAGCCUAAUUUUUGCUACGCGGAGAGGGCACUUGUCAUGCGAAAUAGGCAUCAAGAAUCCCUCAAAAAAGCUGGGAUGCUAGGGCAUGCAUCACAGACAUCAUGGCUCAGGCAAAACGUGCAUGACAAGUCCCAGAAUCUUGCAGACCCAGAGGACAUUUUUGCAUUUGAUAGUGGGGACUUGUUGUGCACUGGAGUGUCCCUGUGCCGUGCCUGGGACGGACUGUCCGAAGUAUAACGAGUCAUGAUGUUGAUCCCAUCGGACUUUUACUUCAUUUGUGCCAUAAUCCGAUAGUCGUGUUUGUUGGCAGGAUACGAUAAAGAUAAAAUUUAAAUGAUGUUUGUUGUAUCCUCGUCGUUUGCAGCACGUGGUGGUUGUGCCACAGUCGUGCUGACUCACUGUCAUUUCUUUAGAAGUGAUGGCUGACUGCUUGGAAAAUUUUGAAACGCGACAGUCUCUUGCUGGUUCAACACGGGAUAAUUCUUCAUAGAUUCCAUCAUGAGAUGGAGAUUAUGAUGCUGAAAUACGCGUGAAUAACGGUGUGAUAGAUUGUCGUGAAGAAUUUUUCGUAUUAAUUUAUCAGUUAAGAACCAUGGUGACGGAGAUU